AUGGCUGCUCAACAUACUGCCCUCAUCAUUCCUGCUGCAACGGCCGCAUUCCAAGUCGUGAAGCGCGUCACCCCCAAGGUCCUUCCCGGUCAAGUCCUCGUACGCAACAAGGCCAUAGCCCUCAAUCCCGUGGACUAUGUAAUCGCUGGACCUUUCGGUAGUCGCCUCUGGAAGUCUUUCCCAGCUGUAGUAGGCAGUGAUGGCGCAGGCGAGAUCGCUCAGCUCGGCGAAGGCGUCACUGGGUGGAAGGUCGGCGACAAGGUGUUCUACCAGUCACGAUUCGAAUCGGACCGCGGGACUUUCCAGGAGCUGACGAUCGCGGAUGCUGCUCGUAUCGCCCGGGUUCCAGACAAGUACUCGUACGAGGAGGUCGUUACGCUUCCUCUCGCGCUCGCCACAGCUGCUAUUGGCGCGUACAAACCCCGGCUCUCUGAACUGCGAGCGGACAAGCAUGACGUUGGCGGCGCCGGACUGAUCCCGCCCUGGGAGGCUGAGGGGCGCGGCAAGUAUGCUGGACAGGCUGCUGUCAUCGUGAGCGGCUCUAGCUCGGUCGGUCAAUUUGCGACACAGCUUGCCAAGUUAUCCGGCUUCAGCACCAUCAUCACAACGGCCUCGAAGCACAACGAAGAUUACUGCAAGAGCGCCGGUGCAACGCACGUCAUCGACUACCACGAUGUCCCGUAUCCAGAGCUGCCGGCGGCUGUGAAGAAGAUCGUAGGAGACACUCCACUCACCUACGUUUACGACGCAGCCUCGAUCCCGGAGUCGCAGAAAGCUGGUUGGGACAUGCUCUCGCCAGGCGGUGCCAUUGUGGUAGUGAAGCCGCCGUCGCAGGAGAUUGGAACAAUAGGUCAGGACGAUGAGAAGGGAAGGCGCGCUGUGUGGGUGUACGGCGGCGCAAACGAGCAGGAUCAUGGGGACUUCGGCGCAGGCUUGUACGCGGCUCUGACGGAGAUGCUCGACAAGGGAGAACUCAAGCCAAACAAGAUAGAGGUUAUUGGUCACGGCCUUGAGGUCAUCCCGGACGGCCUUGCCAGGCUUCAGAAGGGGAUGUACCAUUAUCUGUACGAUAUGGAUGCUUGUGCUCUAGCAAAGAAGCAGAAAAUUGUGCCGAACGUGACAACCCUAACCCAACUGCGAUGA